AUGACAGCAAUCAGAAGAGAUGAUCAAGAAGCCUUAUCAGAAAAGGGUGCAACACUCCAGAGGGAAGAAGAGAUCUCGCUAAAUAGCAAAGCCAAGAACAACUGCAGCGGCACUACAGGAGACAGAAUGGUCAGAAGCCAGUGGAGUGACACGGACCAGGACAGAAUAGACAGACAUCAUGAGGUCAAAAUCAAGGACUAUAGGAGACUCCUCGACUGCCAGAGAAGCUGGCUGCGGAGAGCUGUUGGGCUGGUGCUCCAGGAAGAGGCUCAAAGUACUCAAUCAGAUACCUGGCUGAAGAUCAGGGUACCAAGCAAUCCACCAAGGUCACAGGAGAAGUGGUUUCCAAAAUUACUUGACUGCAGCGACGGUGAUGAAGAGGAAAUACUAGUAUGCGGAGAAGAUUUAGAGCUUAAUCCUUUUGAUGGUUUGCCUUACUCUUCCCGUUAUUAUAAACUUAUGAAAGAACGAGAAGAACUUCCAGUAUGGAAAGAGAAAUAUACUUUUAUGGAAAGUUUGCUCCAUAAUCAAAUUGUGAUUGUGUCAGGAGAGGCUAAGACUGGCAAGAGCUCCCAGAUUCCUCAGUGGUGUGCUGAGUAUUGCCUUUCUGUCCGCUAUCAACAUGGCGUAGUCGUAUGCACCCAGGUCCACAAGCAGACAGCAGUGUGGCUGGCACUGCGUGUAGCUGAUGAAAUGGAUGUCAACAUUGGCCAUGAAGUGGGCUAUUUUGUCCCAUUUGAAAGCUGCUGUACAACAGACACUAUCCUGAGAUACUGUACAGAUGAUAUGCUACAAAGGGAAAUGAUGUCUACACCUCUUCUGAACUAUUAUGGCGUUAUCAUCUUGGAUGAUGUGCAUGAAAGAACUGUUGCAACAGAUGCAUUAAUUGGCCUUCUUAAAGAUGUCUUGAUAUCAAGACCAGAACUGAGGCUGGUAAUACUCACUGCGCCUCAUAUGUCCAGCAAACUGCAGAAUUAUUACGGCAGCAUCCCCUUCAUAAGAGUGGAAAACAAACACCAUGCAGAGGUUGUAUACUCUUGCAGCAUUCAGAAAGACCACUUUCUGUCUGCACUAAGACUGCUCUUUGAGAUACACCAUGCAAAAGAGAAGGGUGAUAUUGUGAUCUUUCUGGCAUGUGAACAAGAAAUUGAAAAAGCUUACCAAAUGAUCAGACAGGAACAGUCUAAUUUAAAUCCUGACCUUGGAGAACUCAUCCCAGUUCCUUUAUACCCCACAAGACAAGACGUAAUUCCCAAACCAAAUCAAGACAAACAGAAAUGCUGCAAAAAAUACAGAAGAAAAGUGCUACUCACCACAAGUCUUGGAGAAUCUUUGAUUUGGAUUAAAAAAGUAACCUUUGUCAUUGAUGUCGGUGUUGAAAGAAGAAAGGUGUACAAUCCUAGAAUCAGAGCAGACUCUGUUAUAACGCAGCCUAUCAGCAAAAGUCAAGCAGAGAUGCAUAAACAAAUUCUGGGCAUGUCUUCAUCAGGAAAACUCUUCUGCUUGUAUCCUGAAGAAUUUACAUACAAAGAAAUGAAAUCACAUCUACCAGCUAGAAUACAGGAAUCUAACCUAACUAGCAUGGUUCUCUUCCUGAAGAGGAUGGAUAUAGCAGGGUUCAGACACUGUGACUUCAUAAGCAGGCCAGCUCCCGAAAGCCUGAUGCAGGCUUUGGAAGAUCUCGAUUAUCUAGCAGCCCUGGAUAAUGAUGGAAACCUUUCUGAAUUUGGAAUUAUUAUGUCAGAAUUUCCCCUGGAUCCACAACUAUCAAAGUCAAUCCUGGCUUCGUGUGAAUUUGAGUGUGUUGAUGAAAUGCUAACCAUCGCGGCCAUGGUAACAGCUCCGAAUUGCUUCUUACACGCACCUCCUGGAACAGAAGAGAUCGCUCUUACUUGCUGGCGAAAAUUCUCACACCCUGCAGGAGAUCACUUCACCCUUAUCAAUGUCUUCAAUGCCUUCAAGGAAGCCAGCGCCAACUCCGCAAACCAAUACUACAGUAAUGAGAAAUGGUGUCGUGAUUAUUUUCUAAGCUGUUCCGCACUGAGGAUGGCAGAAAUUAUAAGAGCCGAACUAGUAGAGAUUAUGAAGCGUAUUGAACUUCCCAUUUCAGAACCGGACUUUGGAUCAAAAGAAAAUAUACUAAGCAUUAAGAAAUCUCUCUUAUCUGGUUACUUUAUGCACAUUGCUCGUGAUGUAGAUGGCUCAGGUAACUACUUAAUGUUAACACACAGACAAGUGGCCCAGCUUCAUCCUUUCUCAUCAUAUUAUAACACCAGAAGGAUUCCUGAGUGGGUUUUAUUCCACGAGUUUAGUAUAUCAGAAGACAAUUCCAUCAGAGUCGUCUCUGAGAUAUCACCCGAUCUAUUCGUGGAGCUGGUACCUCAGUAUUAUUUUAGCAAUCUCCCUCCUAGUGAAAGUAAGGAUAUUCUGCAGGAAGUGAUCAAUCACUUGUCACCUGUUUCAACCAUGAAGGAGGAACAGAAAACUAACAAUGACAACAAAGAAAAUGAAAAAUUUCCCCAAAGUCCCACUGAACAAAGAUGUAUUAUUCAGUGAUUUUAGACUGAACUAUCAUAUAUAUUGGACAAAUAUAAAUAAAAGCGGUAUAUGCAAUAUACAUCCCCAUCUUAACCCAUGUAAUUAUUUCAAACUUUUGACACACACAUAUUUAACAGAAGAAACACAGAAAAAGCAC